CCCCCAAUUCUCACCCAAGAAUUAACGCCACCGCCUCCCCGCCCUAGAAACACCAAUUUCUCCGCCGCACCAACACCGAUCUAGCUGCCGCACAACUAAAGAAGCGAAAAAACAUGAGGCCGUCCGCUUCUCACUACGCCGGAGGAGAAUACUACCAGCCUCAUUUCCUCGAUUCCUGCUCUCUCUGCCAGAAGCAUCUCAGCCACAACAGCGACAUCUACAUGUACAGAGGAAACGCGCCGUUCUGUAGCCAGGAAUGCCGGCAGGAACAGAUUGAGAUGGACGAGGCAAAGGAGAAGAGAUGGAAAAUCGCUUCGAAGAGAUCUAACGCCGUUAGACAGAGCAAGGAUUCAACCACGGAAUCCGAUACCGAUAAAGCCGUGCGAACAGGCACCGUUGCUGUAGCCUAAACCCGAGAUUUUAUUAAUACAUAUCAAAAUUCAGAUCUCCAAAUGCAAAAUGAAAAUAAAGGAGAAUCGUAUGGGAAAAGAAGACUUAAUUGAUGUUUUCUCGAAAUUCCUGAUUAUGAGAGGAAUUACAGUGGAGUUUGAUCUGUAAAGAAAAAAAGUUGGGGCGGGAAGGAGGAGGAGAGAGGAUCCUGCUGUUACAAUUUUGAUUUUUAAUUUAAUCGUUUAUGUAAUGUUUAUUCCCUUUUUUCUUGAAUCAAAUAGAUUUUGAUGUCUCUAUUAUGAAA